UACUCGAUCGGAAAGAUGUGUGGAGUUUAUCUUAAUUCUGAAUAUUGAAGAGAAUAUUUCUCGAGCAAUGAGUUCACACUCUCAUGCGAGGACGAUGUGCACCGGAAAUGCAGUCUCUGGCGCAUUCUCUGCGUUGCAUCUCUUGCGAAGUUACAGUCUCUUCGCUCCAAAUUCAGAUCUGUGUAGGUAUGAAGCAUAUCCGACUCGGGAUUAUAAUUUCGUCGAACCGGAUAUUUUACCAAAUUCCGUGACAGCGGAUUCUUCAUCAUCGCCGUUAACAUCCUCUUCUUUGUCGGCAACAUUUUCACUUCCAGGAACGUUGCUCCAACCACCUUUUCUAGCGAUGCCACCCUUGAUGCAAUCUCUGAGCGUACCUCAACCGUUUUCGACUUCCUCUUCGGGUGCCAUGAACCGUCACUUCAUCAAUACAAACGGCAUAAACACUCUCCACAGAAGACCUAGAAGCGAAAAGAAACCCAUCCCGGACGAUCAAAAAGACGAAAAAUAUUUUGAGAGACGUAAACGGAAUAAUCAGGCAGCAAAAAAGUCACGAGAUGCCCGCAAGAUCAGAGAAGAUCACAUUGCUCUAAGAGCGACAAUGCUGGAGCACGAGAAUGCGAUUCUCAAGGCGCAGAUAGUGACUCUUCGGGAGGAAGCGCAAUCGUUGCGACAUAUGUUAAUUAAGCAGCACGCCCCGGCGAUACAAUCCAUCGAACGAUCGCUUUCUUCGAUGACACCUGUAACUCUCUCUCCUUCACACACCACCGCGAGUUUAGACUGUUAAUUUUGUAAUUUUUUUUCUAACAGAAAUGUGUAAAGAUGUUCAAAUUUGAAGCGAAUAUUAAAAUCCGUGUAAUUUCGUUUAGCUACACAAACACGCGAAAAUGAUCCUUAUGUAUUUAAUUACGACACGUUAUAAGAGAUCAUCGAAAUUACAACAUUCGAUUUAAAAGAUAUGUUAAGAUGUUUUCGAUGUUAUACAAAGAACAAAUAAGAACCAAUUAGGUUAAAUAUUAUCUUAAUGACCACUGUUGAAUCAAAUUAUGAUUCACUUAAUCGGCAAUUAAUUCAACUAGAACUAUGAAAAAUUACCUAAUAAAAUUUGCAUAUAA